UACAGUUGGUCAUUUUGACACCGGAGUUCCAGUUGCAGGAUUUCCAUCGUUUUACGAUUCAGUUCGCUACUGUAUCCCGCCUUUAUGAUCAUAACGAGGCGUGUUCUGUAACUUACUCUGACCUACAUCAACAGCAGCGCUUUGUUCUUUUACUUUCAUUCGUGUUUCAACACACGCUGAGUGACUGACAACACGCUAGUUAUCUUGGAGCCUCAGGACACAGACCUAGAGGAAGCUGAAGAACCACAAUGAGACUGAAGACUGAAGACUGAAGACUUUGCUGAAGACUACUAUAUGUGAGUGACUGGAAGACCAUCAACGGCCAAAGCUCAACAGAACCAGUUCUGAUGGCGGAAAAAGUCCCGUCUGGUCUGUUGGAGGCGUGUGUUGUGCUCGGAGUGUCAAACGAACGUCUGAAAGAUGUAGGCCUGCUCCUUGGUAAAGACAAAGAAUUUCUAGUGGAGGCGGAGGUACUGCAGGUUCACGCUCCACCGUUUGUGACGAAGGUGAGUUCCAGUAAUGGCACUAAACAGGAUCACGCUCCAGCCUUCAGCAGAGUCCAGCUAAGACGCUCCUUUAAGAAGAAGAGAGACCGACCGGUUUCCACCAUAAGCAAUUCCGUCCAAAGCAAUAAACCAGUGGUCGCUGUCUCGGAUGAUCUCAGCGUACCGCAAAACAUUGACCUCAUAGCCCUGCCGCAGCUCUGCUUCCCAGAUGGGUUGAGAAUAACCAAUGAAAGCAGAGAAGACUAUUUUCAUUUCCUGGUGUUCACGGAUGUGUAUGGGAACCAGACUCAUGGUGUGGUGGCUCAGUAUUGCAGACCUGCUCAUUUCCAUCAAGAUAAUGGGAUUCAUCAAAACGGUCAUCGGUUGAACAAAGUCCAGCGUGUUUUCACCACAUACAGCAUCUGUAUUAUCUCCAAAUAUGCAUAUUAUAACGCUCUCAGAGACUGUCUGUCCAGUUUCCUGGUCCAGCUGAAGACGUCCCGCAUAUGUGAGUUUGAAGAGCAGGUGAAGGAAUUUUCUGCCAAACUGGCACUGGUGCCCAUCCCGCCUCCUGGACCGCUGCAUGUGGUGUUCAAUCUAAGACCCUUUCAGAUUGAACUUCCCUCCAGACUGGAUGCGGAUCGGCCCGUCAUGGACCUCGAUCUUCACCUGCCGUUUCUGUGUUUCAAACCCAAACACAUCCUGCAGAUCAUCAGCAGUAUCCUGAUGGAGCAGAGAGUGGUGUUUCUGUCCACUGACUGGGCCAAACUCACGCUAGUCGCAGAAUGCUUCAUGAUCUUCAUUCACCCGCUGCGCUGGCAGCAUCCGUUCGUACCCGUCCUGUCUCGCCAAAUGCUGGACUUUAUCAUGGCACCCACGGCCUUCCUGAUGGGCUGCCACACGUCUUGCUUCAAGGAGGUCGCAGAGGAGUUGGGUGAUCUGGUUCUUAUAGACAUUGAUCAAGGAACAGUGUCGUCUUCAAGUUCAAACAGACUUGAUCUUCCAGAUAUGCCACUGACAGCCAGCGAUUGUUUUAUAUUUCGAGCAAAAGGGCUUCAGCUUCACUAUGAUCUGGAUGUGUGUUGCACCAGCAGCCACACUGACAUCAACGAGCUGCGCGCUCACAGGAGACAGUGGCAGCACAAAGUCAACACCGUCAUCCUCAACAUCACCAUGGAGCUCAUCGUCAACAUCUUCAGUGAAGUUUGCGACUUCCUGAACUAUGAGCAUCGUGUUUUCAACAGCGAGGAGUUCUUCAGGUACAAAGAGACGGACGAUCUUGCAUUCUACAAGAAGGUUUUAGACACUCAUAUAUUCCACUCAUUUCUACGGGAGCGGUUGAACAAAAAGAAUGACGCUUUUACUCGCAUGCAGCUGAACAUCCGCUCAGAGACUCGCAGGAUGAAAGCCAUGACAGAGUCUCCUCGUAGACCCACAAUGGAGGAGAUCAACCGUAAGUACGUCAGACCAGAGAACGGCAUGAACAGCAGGCUGGGGAUCAGUAUGCCAAACUUGGCCGACCCCCGACUGCUCACCUUCCCGGUCCGACAGACGUCAUUGAGGAUCAUGCCUUUACAGAGCAGUUCCUGGAGUCCCUCAAGGUCAAUCAAAACCUUUAAACUCCCAGAAUUCCCUCCUCCGCUCUCCUACCAAUACGUUCAAAGUUACUACAAUGAUCUCAUUGGCCUUUUGAGCAAAGCCAUCAGCACGGCAACCCCAGAUGACUCCGCCCUCCUGGCCCGAUACUAUUACCUGCGGGGACUGGUGAGCUCUGUUGCCGGAAAACGCGUUGAUGCCCUCGGAGACUUCCAGAGCUUAUAUAAGACAGACAUGGACAUCUUUCCUGCUGAGUUGCUGAACGCGCUGGUCGAGUCUCUGCAGGUGGAGGAGAGGAGGAUGGCUGAGCAACGCCCCGAUUUGAAGCGUCUGAUUAGCCGGGUGAAAAGAGAGAAUGAAUGGGAGCAGGCGCAAGCAGUGGGUGGCGGGGCGGUGAAGAGAUUUGAACUGCCAAAGAAGCACUUGCACAUGGAGGACUUUGUGCGGUGCGUUCAGGAAUCGGGCAUCGUGAAGGAUCAGGGCACCAUCAAGCGGCUGUUUGAAGCGUUCACUGUGGGUGUGGAUUCCACCUCCCAGUCUGUAUUUUACCUUGAGCUGGAGGGUCAGCAGAAGCAGGUGGAUCCAGAGACCUUCUGCUUCUUCUACAACUUCUGGAAGGAGACCGAAGCGGCAGCUCAGGACGUGGACCUCCCGGUCAUCGUGCUGGAGCACCUGGAGAAUGACGAAUGUGUCUACAAGGUCUCGUCAUCCGUGAAGACCAACCACGGCGUGGGAAAGAUCGCCAUGACUCAGCGCAGGCUCUUCCUACUAACGGAGGGCCGGCCUGGAUACGUCGAGAUUACUAAAUUCAGAGAUAUUGAGGAUGUGAAGAUAUCGUCUGCUCCUUUCCUUCUGCUGAGGAUCCCGACGCUGAAGAUCAAAACGUCCCUCAGGAAGGAGAUGUUCGAGGCCAAUUUGAAGUCGGAGUGUGACCUUUGGCACCUGAUGAUCAAAGAGUUGUGGGCCGGGAAGAAGAUGGCAGACAAUCAUAAGGACCCCCAGUUCAUGGAGCAGGCCUUGACUAACGCCCUGCUAAUGGACGCAGUGGUCAGCAGCCUCCAGUCACAGAAGGCCAUCUUCGCUGCUACCAAACUGGCCUAUUUUGACAAGAAGAAGUCUGAGGUGCCCAUGAUGGUCCCUAAAACCACAUCUGAGACCCUGAAACACAAGAUCAACCCGUCUCUGGACCAGACUCCUCAGGCGGUGGACGUCCUGCUCUACACGCCUGGUCAGCUGGGCGUUUCUGAGCUGGACGGCGGUGGGAACCCAAAGCUGUGGUGUGCUUUGAGCGACGGGAAGGUGCUGGUCUUCGACGCGGCCAGCUGGUCCAUGCAGCAGAACUCGGUUCAAGUGGGAAAGUCCCGUCUGAAUUGCAUGCUGGCAGUGAACCAGCAUCAGCUGUGGAUCGGCUCAAAGGAUUCAUUCAUUUACAUCAUAAACCCGCGGAGCGUUUCCUGCAAUAAACAACUGACGGAGCAUCGCGGUGAGGUCACCGGACUCGCCCUGGAGGAGCGAACUGACAAAUUCAGUCAGACGGUGGCGUACUCGUGCAGUGAAGAUGGCAGUGUGAUCGUGUGGGACGUUUCAUCGCUGCAAGCCAAACGACACUUCAGAGUCUCGUCUGACAGACUGCAGUCCAUCCAGAUCCAUAACGGCAUGCUGUGGUGUUGUGGGCGUGAUUGUCUGCUGGAAGUGCGCAGGAAUGGCACGGUUCAUCGUAAGGUGUCUCUUCCAGAUCACCUGCUGAGUUCACCGAGGGGUUUCAGCAGUUUCCUGCUCUUUAACGAGUCGGAGCUGUGGGGGGGUUUCGCAGACGCAGGUGAGCUGUGUGUGUGGGACUGCAAAGACCUGAACAAACGCUUCAUCAGAAUCCAUCUCCAAGACUGCGCCGGCGUCGUCUGCAUGAUCAAAGUCAAGAACCAGAUAUGGGUGGGCUGUCACGGCCGCAGCCCCGAGGGGAAAACCCGAGGGAAGAUCUACGUGGUGAACACGGAUCGACACAUGGUGGAGAAGGAGCUGAUGGCGCACGACGACAGCGUUCAGACUCUGUGUUCAGCCGAACAUCGCUACGUGCUGAGCGGAGCCGCGCGGGCCGACGGCAAAAUCGGCAUCUGGAAAGUUGAGUAGAAACCAGCAGGAGCGUGUGAUCCGUUUCAGACUUUGCAAACAGAUGCUAUGGAACAUAUUUGCUCUCAUAUCUCAAAAUAUAAGAGGAAAAUGCAUUUUGGAGCACAAAUGCACUGUGUAAAUGUAGAAUUGCAGAUGAAAAACGGGACAUUUACAGCCAAAACAUGCACAUUUUCACAUUCAUAUGCACACUGAAGUGUUAAUUCGCUUGUUACCUGAGACAAGAAGAGACUUUUACUACAUUAUGAAUUCCUCAGUGUUAUAUCAGUAUUUAUGUACCUCGUUCGUGUUGGAAUAUGAUUUAUGAUGAAGGAUUUCCUACUGAGCUCAAGUCCAAAAACAGCAAACUAAUGGAGAUGAAUCGUGCCAGUGUAAAUGUUUAUUAGUGCUCAGUAAAAGAACGUCCUGUUGUAAGAUGUUUUUACUGCGCUUAAGGCCAGUUCGCUUCACCUAGCACUCCAGUUUAUGAAGUACAUGUAUUUUAUACAUGUGAAAACUCACAUCUGACACAUUUAAUGAAUUUGUAAAGGGAUAAUUGUUUGAUUAUUUGAUCAUCUUUGAAUAAUGAACACCGGGUGGCAUUUUAGAAGUGUGAAAAUGCACUUUACCGUCCAACACUACUUGUCUUUUUAUAACAAUAGUAGUUCAGGAUGCACACAUUGUGCGUGAAAGAACAUUAAGCCUCACUGAAGAGUCAGAAUUUUCAAUGCCAUUUAACAUAAUGAUGCAAAAACUAUCUGCAUGCAUAUGUUUCAUAUAGAGAGCGUUUGUAAAUAGUUUAUAUCUGCAUUUAUCUAUGCAAAACUCAUUUUUAAUGGCCAUAAUGGUUUAUACUGAAGCGUUUUACUUCUGCAUUUGUUUAUAAAUGUCAUUUUGAAGACUGGGGAGUAGAUGAUCAUUUUAGAUUUAAUUAACAAAAGCUUGUGUAUUUAUUGUAUAAAUAUACAUAAAAUUCUCGACUUAAAUGUUGUAAUUGUUCUUUGAUUCACCACCAGAGGGCAGCAGAGUCAUUCUCUUUCUUGUCUUUACAGCUUCUCAUCCUUGAUACUUCAUUCUCUCAGAUUGACUCAAUAAAAUACUAAUUAGUGCACAUUAUAUGGGUUAUUUUACAGAGUUGGUGCAAACUGUUGUCCAAAAAAAACAUUUAAAAAGCAUGUAAGUAUUCAAAUCUUAGAUGUUUACUAAGAUCCUUUUAUUAUCUAUUGAAACCCACAAUAAUAUUUAAAAUAUUAGUAAGCUUAAUAUAUUUAAAAUCAUUUAGUGGAUACUUUAAUUAGGAGGUGGGUCUCCCGAACCCUAAACCCUAAAUUUAAAA